AACUCUAGAUGCCACCCAAGCUUUUAGGGACUUCUUUACUAUUGACACCUUCAUAUUCUUCUCUUCUUUUUAGGAAUGCACAAGUAUAUUAUCGCGGUUUUUCCAGCUUACCACCCCCAUUACCACCUACCUCUACUGAUGCCACAUCUAUUGGGGGAAUGAUAUCUACGGUUGCUGAAAAACUCGGUGUGGGCGAGCUGGCGACUGGAGGACUUCAACUUGCUGUGAUUGGUGGCUUGAUUGCUAGUGUACGUUAUUUUGGUGGUUUCGUUAUCGAAUUUAUGACAAAAAAGACGGUGGCCACAGCUCAAUUCGAUAGUACUGACGAAUCUUUCUCAUGGAUAUUGAAUUGGUUAUCUGAACACCCUUUUAUUGAAAAAACAACUCAUUUCACUGUAUCAACAACGAUCACUCGGGCUGGCCAACGUUUGACUGGUGAAGGUUUAGAUGCUUUACAACCUCCUGUUUACUUUUUACCUGCUCAUGGAAUGGUACAUUUCUUUACAUACAAGAAUCGAUUAUUAUGGCUUACUCGUGAACGACCUCAAUCUAGUACUGGUGCCCCUGCAGUUUCUGGUAAUGCCAUUAUGGAGCGUAUUCAAAUAUCAACCAUUGGAAGAUCACGUACUAUUUUACAAAGUUUGGUUUUGGAAGCACAAAAGAAAUUCAUUGAAAGGGAUCAAAGUCGAACAGUAGUCUUUGCUGCUGAUCAAUAUGGCGCAUGGCGAAGGACAAGAUCACGACCGAAACGACCUCUUUCCACUAUAGUUAUACCUUCAAAUGUUAAACAACAACUGGUUUUGGAUACAAAAGAAUUCCUGGCUUCAGAACAGUGGUAUAGUGAUCGUGGAAUUCCAUAUAGAAGGGGACUGUUACUUUAUGGAGAGCCUGGAUCAGGAAAAACAAGCUUUGUCUACUCAUUGGCGGGAGAAUUGGGUAUCAAUAUUUACGUCGUAGCCCUUUCAAACAAAGGUCUCACGGAUGAUGUACUGACUGAACUAUUAUCAGAAACGCCAAGCAGAUGCAUCUUAUUGAUAGAAGACGUGGACGCGGCAUUUGUUCAACGAACACGUGGAGAAGGAACUGUAGGAAACAAUGUAACAUUCUCUGGACUAUUGAACGCAAUUGAUGGUGUAUCAGCUCAAGAAGGUCGUAUUUUAUGCAUGACUACCAAUCACCCUGAAAAGUUAGACCCAGCAUUGAUUAGGCCUGGAAGAAUCGAUGUAAAGAUCCAUUUUGGAAACGCAACAAAACAACAAGCAGAAGAACUUUUCAUCAAGUUUUAUCCUCAUUUAGAAUCAGAUUACAUCAAAUCUUUAGCGUCUCAAUUUGCAUCGAAAAUCCCUGAUAACGUAUUUAGUAUGGCUCAUUUGCAAGGAUUCCUUAUGAUACACAAGAAACAACCUGAACAAGCUUUAUACAAGGUUGAUGAAUGGUUACUGAAGCAUGAUCGAUCAACAGAAGAGAACCAACAAAAUAGUAGUGAUGUCGAAAAUAUGGAUGCUGCCAUCGCUUCAUCGUCAUCAACAUCAAUAUCAUCAUUAUCGUAGUCAAGAAAACGUCGUUAAAGUGGAUUAGUAUAGAAUAGUAUUAGAAUAUAUAUAGAAUAAAAAUAAUAUUUUUGAUUUUGAAAUAAAAUUUUAUUGAUACAAAUAUAA